AUGGACGCUAUUGUUUCAAAGAUGGAGGAGACUCUCGAGAGGAAGAAGUCAAUCGUACAGAUAGUGGACAAGAGGACCAAUGCUAUUGAUUAUAUAAGAAGAAUACAUGAAGCUGCAUACUACACCAAUCAGAAACCAAUACAUUGGAUGAAUGUUGCAUCUAUUCAUCGUUCAGACUUUGAAAAGUCUGUAGAGAUACAGAAGAGAUUACUUGGAUGGUUUAGUCUUGGACUUAGUCUUGCACCUUUGAUAUCGACUGAUAAGGGACCAGCAUUUGUUAGGGCAUUGGUGCAGUUGAUGGAGGAGUUUGACUAUCAUUACGAGUUGGGCUCGGCGAUGCAGGGCGUAAAGGUAUUGUUGUCAAAGAAGGGCAACACUCAUACCAUCGUCAAUGAGAACGAUCACAUCAAAUCAAAGAUCGUCAAGACUGGCAACACGGUGGUCUACGAGUUCCUCAAGAUAUUCAACGUAUCGAUGGCCAAAGACUUGGACUACUUCCACGUCGUGUUCAGUCUGCUCGAGAUACUGGAACAGAUCUAUAAGAAGUUUGACAAGGAGACCUGCUCGUCCAAGUACGUCUACGACGCCAUCAUCAAGGUGGACUCGCGUCUCAAGCAUCAGAUCUUUGGCUUCCUGUCCAAAGAGAUUGACAAGGUUGCCCAACAGACAAUCAAAGAGCAGCUCGAGUUCACCCUACUGCUCUCGUCCACCAAGGAUCACAACAACCAACAGCAUACACAGGCACAUACCAGAGUUACCAACAACAGUCAUUCAUCAAGUAACAAUGACAAGAACACUAGUUACUCUGAUGAUUGA